UCAGUCAGGUCGGGAGCGCGGCUGGGGGACGGCGGACACCCAGGCGGUGGACAGGGCGCCCGGGCCAAGAUGGAGUUCCUGCUGGGGAAUCCGUUUAGCACCCCGGUGGGGCAGUGUCUCGAGAAGGCCACAGACGGCUCCCUGCCAAGCGAGGACUGGACGUUGAACAUGGAGAUCUGUGACAUCAUCAAUGAGACAGAGGAAGGGCCGAGGGAUGCCAUUCGUGCCCUGAAGAAGCGGCUCAACGGGAACCGGAACUACAGAGAAGUGAUGCUGGCAUUGACAGUGCUGGAGACCUGUGUGAAGAACUGCGGCCACCGCUUCCACAUCCUUGUGGCCAACCGGGAUUUCGUCGACAGUGUGCUGGUUAAGAUCAUCUCUCCCAAAAACAACCCUCCCACCAUCGUGCAGGACAAGGUGCUGGCUCUGAUCCAGGCGUGGGCCGACGCCUUCCGCAGCAGCCCUGACCUCACCGGCGUGGUACACAUCUAUGAGGAACUCAAGAGGAAAGGGGUCGACUUCCCCAUGGCCGACCUGGACGCGCUGUCUCCCAUACACACACCGCAGCGGAGUGUCCCCGAAGUGGAUCCAGCCACAAGCAUGCCCAGGUCCCAGUCCCAGCAGAGGUCUGGCAGCGUCUCCUACUCGGCGCCACCUCCCGCUCCCUACUCGGCGCUGCAGGCCCCAGCCCUGAGUGUCACAGGCCCCAUCACGGCCAAUUCGGAACAGAUUGCCAGACUGCGAAGCGAGCUGGAUGUCGUCCGCGGAAACACCAAAGUCAUGUCUGAGAUGCUGACAGAAAUGGUCCCCGGGCAGGAGGACUCCUCUGAUCUGGAGUUGCUGCAGGAGCUGAACAGGACCUGCCGCGCCAUGCAGCAGCGCGUUGUGGAGCUCAUCUCCCGCGUGUCCAACGAGGAGGUCACAGAGGAGCUGCUGCACGUCAACGACGACCUCAACAACGUCUUCCUGCGAUAUGAGAGGUUUGAACGGUACAGGUCCGGCCGGUCAGUUCAGAAGGCCAGCAAUGGGGUGCUGAACGAGGUGACCGAGGACAACUUAAUAGACCUGGGCCCCGGGUCUCCCGCCGUGGUCAGCCCCAUGGUGGGCAGCUCGACACCCGCAGCAUCCCUCUCCUCCCAGCUUGCUGGUCUGGAUCUGGGCACCCAGAGUGUCAGCGGCACCCUCAGCACCCUGCAGCAGGGCAGCCCCCGCGAUGGCUUCGACAUGUUCGCUCAGACCAGAGGGAGCUCCUUGGCCGAGCCACGUAAGACGGUCACCUACGAGGACACCCAGGCCAACAGAGGCCUCACUUCCAUGCUCGACAGCCAGAAACAGAACCCUGAAGGGACUUCUCUGUCCUUGGCCCAGCAGAGAGGGGAAAGUGGGGAACUUGCCCCCGAGCCCAUAGACAGCUGGCUUCUGACCCAAGGAAUGAUCCCCGUGGCGCAGCCCUCUGUCAUGGACGACAUUGAGGUGUGGCUCAGGACCGACCUGAAGGGCGAUGACCUGGAGGAGGGCGUCACGAGCGAAGAGUUCGAUAAAUUCCUUGAAGAGCGAGCCAAGGCCGCAGAGAUGGUUCCCGACCUGCCCUCACCCCCGUCGGAGGCCCCCGCCCCAGCAGCUGGCCACCCCUCUGGCCGGAAGAAGCCGGAGCGCUCAGAGGACGCCCUCUUCGCCCUGUGAGCCGGGGUGCAGUGUGCCUCCCCCUCCCCCGCCCAUGCCCCUGGGAGACCCAGGCAGUGGCCACGCCCACCUGCACACCUGCGUCUCCAUGGGAACACCACUGUGUUUGCACCCAGGCCUCCCCUGGUCAGGAACAGCUUUUGGUAUCUUCUUUCUCUGGGUGUGUGUGGGGGGGAGGGGGUGAUGGAGGGGACCGCAGCCCCAGAACUAGAGGUCUGGCUCUCUCCCUCUUCCCCUGGCCCCCUUGGCCCAUGUCCACCUAGGAGGGAUGGUCUCCCUCCCUGUGGCAUCCCUCUCCCCUCUUUCUUCCAUAUCUGGGAGGGCAGGGACCAGCCGCCCAGACAGGCGCCAUCUGCCUCCCCGUCUUUGGCUUGCCUGUCCCCUUGGGGCGCUUGGCAAGCUCAGCACUUUAGAAGGUCCUGGGGGAAGGGCUCCCCCCCUCGUUCCCACAUUUCACUCUGCUCCAGAACCGGCAGUGGUGGCCACGCAGCACCUGACUGCAGCCGUCUGCAGGGGGAGGGCACGGAGCCUGCAGGGGGCACCUGUGGCUCCAGAGACCGGCAACAGACUAGACAAUGCACCCCAGCCACACUUGGAGGUCCUUACCCUCUCCCACUCCGCCACGGUCCAGAAGAGCAAAACUGCAGUCCCACCUGACCGCGCAGCCACGUCACCUGUGCCCAUGCAGCAUGCCGAGUCAGACUCCCUGCCCUGCUGGCACCUCGACCCGGUCACGUCAACCUCAGGCUCCCAGCCCGUGCUGCCAGUCACUCCUUCCCACUGCCAGGGUGGGGGAGGAUGCUGUUCCUCGCAUGGCCAACAUGGCCCAGCCUCACUCUCUCUGGUAGUGCCACACCCCUACCCUGCCACACCCCUCUGCCCAGACCUGUGAUGGCAGCUGGGGGCCAGGAGGGUGCAGGUGGCCGCAGUGGCCCCAGUCACUGGGCACUGUCUCAAGGGAUUGAUGGCCUAAGGACCAGGGCCACUUCUAUCAGCUAGCCAGCCAGAGCCCACCUCCUAGCUUGUUUCCACAGGGGUGAACGGGAAAGAGCAGAAGGGACAGGAGUGGGGAAGAAGAGAGGACUUGGGGUGCCGGAAGCCUCGGGCUACCCAGCAAAGCCAGUCUUGAUCCCAGUUCGCGUGUCAAGAGCUGCCCCCGGCGGUCAUGGGUACAGCCUGGCUGCCGGGACCUGGUGGCCCUCACCUGCCCUGCCUGUGCUUGAGAGCCUGAGAGAAGCAAACACAAUGCCCCCCGCUUCUGACGGGGGAGACCAGGGUGGGGCGCACAGCAUCCCUCCCUUGGCGAGGCAGGACAGCUGGACCCUCACAAGCCGCCGGGCCCUCCGCAGUGCUAAGCAGAUCACAGAUACACUACAUGUUUAAUUACUCUAAAUUAUUGCCGGGAUUCCUCAUAAGCACUAAUUAUACCUGAUUAUAGGUUAAAA